GAAGUUGCUUGGAAAGAAGCUGCUGAGUGCUCUCGGCUCACGGCCGGUAGCGUUGUUGUUUAGUGAGUUCGGUGUCAGACACAGAGGUGUUAAAAUUUGGUCAGUUUCGCUUAGCAGAGGGAUAGGAUGGUAGAGUACAGCCAGGCAGGGAUUCUGACCGCCCUGUUGCUGUUUACUGCGGUCACGUUGCGGGAUGUCUACCUAGGAAAGAACAGUGCUCAGCAACAACACCAGGCCACGAACAGCCUGGAUAUGGAGCUUGACGACUUGCGGGAGACGGAGCCGCACAAACUGGGCAAGCAGAAGCUCUACACCGGCCCCGUCCUCAAGUUUCAGUAUUGUAUAUCCUGAGGAUAUAGCAGGGUGUUCGAGGAUUACACUCGGGCAAUCAGCCAGGUGUACCCGGACAUGCGUAUCGAAGGAGAGAACUACCUUCCCAAGCCCACCUAUAGAUAUAUUGCUUCAUUCAUUUCAUACUUUAAAUUCCUAGUAAUUGCACUGAUUGCUAGUGGAUAUAGUCCUUUCCCUAUGCUUGGAAUGGACCCCCCAAGGAUAUGGACAUGGAGCCAAGAGAAUAUGAUUAGUUCUUGUCUCAUGGUAUUUUUCCUCAGCAACAUGAUUGAGACACAAUGCUUAUCAACUGGUGCAUUCGAAAUCACUUUAAAUGAUGUUCCAAUCUGGUCGAAGUUGCAAUCUGGUUAUGUGCCUAACAUUCAAGAGAUUUUCCAUAUCCUGGAUAAUCACCUGAAGAUGAAUCAAAUAGACAAGACUUCCUUUUCGACACUGUAGCAGAACCUAUCAAGCAGACAGAUUAGUAUCUGGAGCAGGUUUCCCAGUGUUGGUGGUUUGUUCUGUGGGUUAAUGAAGGCUUGCACUGAAAACAGCCCGCUGUGUGUGCAAGCCGGACCUCCUCCCCAUGUGACACACUGCAGACACUCAAGGAAGCUAUCCUCUGGCAGAGCAACAAGCCCCAUGAACUGUGGCUUUAGGAUCUAUCGUAUUUUAAUUUAAAAGAUUAAAAAAAAAAAAAAAACUAAAAUAAAAAAGGGUAUUUCAAUGUACUUGAGGUUUUCUUUGGUGCAGGCAACACAUAAUUGAUUCUUCCUCUUUCAGCUUAAUAUAUGAAUUCUGUCUGGCCUUAAGAUAUGUUUGUAGAAUGUGUUGUGUACUUCCUUUAACAUGAUUAGAAAAUGUAUGUCUUGUUUAUGGGAGAGGCUGUCCAUUAUCUGAUUGUCAAGCUAAUACUAUUGAGAAAAGGUUUUGCUGUAAACUUCCAUGUACGGGCUCUGCAGGACCUUGCCCUCGUUCAUUCUCAUCCAGGAUGAGAACAGAAAUGUAAAAAUGCACACAGCCAAAUUAACGACACUCUCGAUAUAUGGAUUUUUCUUGCUUUCCUAAGUUGCCUGUCUUCUGCUGCAGUUUAAUUGACAUUUUAUCUUUCAACUAUUUUAAAUGCGUUGUUUUUUUUUUAACCCAUCCCAAGCUCCAAAUCAAAGCUUUCCCUUAAUCAAUCAAUAAAUCUUUAUUUUAUAUAGCGCCUUUCAUAGUGGACCACCAUCGCAAAGCGCUUUACAAGAUACAGUAAAAAACAAACAAACAAAAAAAAAAAA